GCAGCCCUGGCUUAGGUUUAGCAGGGUAUCGACUACGCCACUGGACUUCGUGGCCCGCGGAUAAGCUGGUGCAGUGUCCAGGGUGUGCAGCUGGCUCGUGGCAAGUAAUGCACGCUGGGACGGACUGGUUAAGCCUGUGCUUAAGAAUGUGAAUUUCUGUUUAUAUGGCAAUGAUGCAAACUUGGGAAAAGAGAAUUUAUAUUCUGACAGCAAGGACAUGGUCAAACAAAGUACCACCCUUGGUCAUUACAAUCCACAGGUAAACGGCAACAGACAAACGAUGGACACUCAGUUAUUCUCUCCUUUGCUAGGAGGGAUUGCUAGUACACCGCCACCUCUGGAAUCAUCCCGGUUAUAUAGUCACUGGUCCGUGUGCGGAGACGAUGCCAAUAAAACAACAACUUUACAAGACUGCACAAAAAAAAGGCCACAAAUAAACCUUUCUUACUCUGGCAAUGGCCCAGAUAUGUUUGGGUUAGUGUCAAGCAUCUUAGAAGAGCCAAACAAGCCAGAACCAGUUACGGAUUGGAAUUCUCUUUCAAGACUGUUUCCACCCAUGUGGGCAUCUGACCUUGGAAACAACGGUGACUUCUCAGGGCUUUCUUCCAAACACUCUUUAGAAAGUAAGGAUUUUCCAAACCUGAUUGGUGCACCAAACUACUAUCAAGAACACUUGCAAAAGUCACCUGAUCUGGAAACUUUACACAGGGGGUUUGAGGACCUUCAUCUUAUAGAGUCUUGGCUUGCUCCUCCAGACCCUUCCACUCUGCCACCUGACAAUAUCUUGAACAUUUAUCCAGAAAAUUCUGCUUUUCAAAAUAAUGCCAUCAUUCAGCAAGAACAGUUUACAUUGCAAAAUUUAGAGUUUAAUCAACAUGUGUGCAAUUACGACAAGAUGAAAUUAAACGGGAACUAUGAAAAGAAUUGCUCCGAUUUUAGCACUUAUUCUUCUCAAAACAGAAUCAAAGAUGUCGCUAGCAUUCAGAAAGAGUAUUGGAAAACUGACCGAGCAAGAGGGAAACUGAUGAAAAAUGACACCCACGAGCAAACCAAGUACUCGCCUAAUUUAUCCAGUCCCCCUGUUGAUGGCACGUGGGACAAAGUGUCCCAGGAUAACCACAGGUUUCCUAAAAGAUAUGAAGACUUUACAGCUUCUCAUAAAUCUCAGCCACCUAUUCACUCAUCACAAUGUUUUUUCAAUCAGUCCUCAUCUACUAAGGAAAAUAGCUUUGUUGGAGUAGCAAACAAAAAAUCACAGGGAGCCCGUAUGCAAAAUGGCCAUAAUUGUUUCAAUUUGGGGGAAACCUUGAAUAACAACGAAUGUAAGAUCCAGCUGAAUCCUCAAGAAUGUUCUCAUAAACCCCCUGAAUAUGAUUUGUCUGUAAAAACUGUUCAACAAAAUGGAAAUUAUUCAUCUUACCAUGGGCAUGCAUGGCUAGAUGGUAAAAUCUUAAGUCCCACAACUGCAUCUGAUCUUGCAUAUGGUAAGCAAAACCAAGUAGUAACAAGCCCACAGUCCUCUUCAGGGGUUUCAACUAUGUCCAGUGGAUCCCCCACACACCAGUCUGUAACCCAGGCCUCUUACUACUCUCAAGUGUCACCAGUACUUUCUGCACGGAAAGAUGGAAGGUUACAAGUAUCAAAUGGUAUUUCUAGUAAUAUGGGGAUUUCUAACUUUGUUGCAGAAAAUCAGAAGCAAAUUAAGCCUAUUGGGCAUUCCCAGCAUGAUUCAUUGGCUAGCAAGGAGGGGCAGUAUCGCAAAUUACCCAUUAACUUUUCAUCCAACUGGUUAACACCACAGAACUCUAGAAGUGAAGAGUCGGAAAGGUAUCAUCGAUUUCAAAAAAAGCAAUGUCAAGACAGUAACAAAGAUGAUAAAAGAGGUGGUAGGAAAAAUUGGAUUCCCCACCCUGGAUACGCAACUGCAAAUCGUCAGCACUUCAACGUGCUCCGAAAGAGACAAGAGCAGAACGGUGGCAACAUGUCGGAUUUCAUCAAUCCUUCUUUUCUUCCCUCUUUCCCAUUAAUGUCUGAUUUUAAGCAAAAUCCCAGCUUUCCUCCAUUUAAUACCCACCCGUUUUCAUCAGCAAAUAAUUUUGCGUUUCCUCCUUCACCAUUUCCAUUUUCGGAACUUGUUGACCUCUUUCACUAUGAUGAUUUUAACCACUUGAAUCCCUUCAUUAAUGAUCUUUUGUGUGGGGAAAUAGCUGCACCAUACUUCGCCUUUCCAACACCUUUUAACAAGUAUAGACCUCCACGAAAUCGAAGUGGGCCUGCUAAUGAGCUUCACACGCGAUUGGAAGAGUGUUAUGAGCAGUGGAGAGCUCUGGAGAAAGAGCGGAAAAAGGCUGAGGCUGAUCUUGCAAGAAAUUUUCCAGGAAAGCGGGUAUCUAGCUCAAAUAACACUCCUGUUUCUCGACUUCCUGCUAACCCUUCAAGAGUGGAUCGUUUAAUUGUGGACCAGUUCCGGGAACAGGCCAGAGUACUCGCCUUAAUAGGAAAAAUGGAAAGGCUUCAAGGUAGUCCGGUCCAUGGUAACAUAUCUGCUACUCUGGAGCAUCAUUUAGAAGCCAUCCACAUUACACAAGCAAGGCGUAAGGAUGAGAUCGUUAAUGCUGCUAGUCUGCAGAGACAAGGAGCGCCUCGUUAUAAUAGUGAGAAAGAUGUCCUUGCUCUGGCAGUCGCCAUCAAAGAAUUAGCUGUCUCCACACGCAAGGCUCGUACCGCUUUAUGGUGCGCGUUGCAGAUGACUCUACCGCAAACUUCCUUGAGCAGUCCCGUAAAACAGGAGGAAGUUGAAAGGGCGCUAGAAGAGCUUUGCCCUAGGAGUGCAAGCACGCAAGAAAAAAGUGCAGGACACGAAGACAAGGGAAGCAAAGAAGAAAAACCUGAAGAACCAAUGCAGAUUUUUGAAUAAUAGCAAAAAAAUUACAAAAAAAAACAAAAGGGGGGAGAAGGAAUAAGUGCAUUGUAAUGUACUAGACAUAUUUUUUUGCUAGGUUAUACAAAACGAGAAUAACAUAACCGAUCAGUACUGCAGUUUUAUUACUGUGAUUCUGGUGUCGCGACACACUACUUGUAAUAGUGUUACUGAAGUUUUAAUAUUGCUGGUAUACUGCAGUGUCUACUUCAUAAAAUAAGGAUUUUAUUAAUAAGGGGAACUGGGCAGGAGCUGAGCAUUUCCUUGACCACUUGCCCCAAGCUCUGUGUCGGUUAUGACUCAAGUCAUCAACUGAGUAACCAGUGAGUGGCUAGGCUAAUUUUUUCAUUUGUUAUACAAUGUAUCCUAUUUUAGAAAUGCCAUUUAAGAGUUAUUUUAUAGUUGUUGGCCUUUUUUUUUUUUUUUUUU